AUGAGACUCAAAGCAUUGUUCGUUAUCUUCUCACUGGCACUGCCUGCCUGCACGGCCACACCUGUUCCUCCCUGUAACAUGAGGCCUCUCACGAGUGCAGACAUCACAGCCAUCGCACCGAUUAGCGCGUCUUGCACUAGAGCACCUUAUCCUUCAGAAUGCGCAAAUGCCGACGACGCAGCACCCUGGAUCAACGUGGCCUUCCACUCUUUUGGAAUACAUGCCUUUGGCACACAGGCCGCUCUGCUCUCGCUCAUGCUCUACGAGUCUGGCUCUUUCAAGUACAACAUCAACCACUUUCCAGGUGUGCCAGGCCAAGGCACUCGCAACAUGCAAAGUCCAGCCUUCAACCUCAAGUACGCCGAGUGGCUAGCCGCAAACAUGACCGAUUCGGGCAUAUCGAUGCAGCAGGUGCAAGAGGCGGAAAAAGAAGGUUCUGUCGAAGUUCUGGCGCUCGUGAACGGCAAUCGCUGGAGUUUCGCGUCGGCGGCGUGGUUUCUGGCCACGCAGUGCAACGAAGAGAUCAGUCAGGGACUUGCGACUUCGAAAGAAGAAGGUUGGGAAACAUAUCUGACUGAAUGCGUAGGCACCACUGUGACGGAUGAUCGAAACGCGAUCUGGAAGAAGGUUAUCGCUUUGCAGAAAUGGUAG